UGUACUUGCGAUUGUUGAGCGCUGUCUUAACUUCCAGUAUUUCAUAUGGAGUGAAGCGAAAAUGAAGUUGCUAAGCUUUGCAUUUUUUUUGCUCUCAGUGCUGCAAAUGUUUUGCUGUAGUCUGUGUGAAGCGGGACCGGUGACGCGUGCCACAGCUGUUGUUAUAGAUGCAGCUCCAUCUGUUGUUUCCUAUCAGGGAUCUUCUCACGAAUACACGAAGUUUGUUAUCGCACCAAUGGGUCGAUCUUUGGGGUAUGUGGAGCCGUUAAAUUUAAAUCAUACUGUACAUCGUACUGCAAAGGUGCGCGAUAACUUCGACUUUUUAAAUGUAACGCCUAUUUAUGUACCGCAAUAAAUUUAAAAACAUAUUUGA